AUAAAACCAACUCGAUAAAAACCAACAUGAAUAAUCUUUUUUUUUUAUUGAAUUCUUGAAUAAGUGCUCGUCAUCAUAUAUUGAUAUUUAAAAAGUGAUGAAAUCAUCGCGCUCAAAGAGAAACAGCUUUACUGACGAAACACCUGGGAUUUGCGUCUUCAAGAGUCUCAAACGAACAUCAGCUGUUAACAAUAUGGCUGCCAAGGAGAAAAAAAACUCGGACGAAAGUGCUACGAAUGGAUACAAGAAAGAUGUCAAGGAAAUAGAAAUACUGAUGCCAUGGGGGUACAUCAGAGGAAAAUGGUGGGGACCGACAGAUAUGCAGCCUAUAAUGGCAAUACACGGCUGGCAGGACAAUUCAGGAACUUUUGACAAGUUGGCACAAUUAUUGUCAAACGUAGCUAUACUGAGCAUAGAUCUGCCUGGUCAUGGCAUUUCUUCUCAUCUACCACUCGGACAGUUCUACUAUAUAUUUUGGGAUGGGGUUCUUACGCUACGUAGAAUUGUUAAAUAUUACAAGUGGAACAAGGUCAAACUUCUUGGGCACUCAUUGGGUGGUGCUAUAUCAUUUCUGUAUGCAGCAUCAUAUCCAGAUGAAGUCGAUUUUCUUAUAAGUUUGGACAUUGCUAGUCCGAGCGUAAAGGAUGUCAAGAAAACAGCUGCAACCACCGGAGAAUAUAUUGACAGAUUUUUGAAAUAUGAAUUAUUAACAUUGGAUAAUGUACCAUCUUAUGAAUAUGGCGAAAUGCUUGACAUAGUAGAAAAAGCAUAUGAUGGUUCUAUAACAAGAGAAGGAGCAAAAAUAUUAAUGAAACGUGGUAUGCAGCCAGCGCAUAAAAGAGACAAAUAUUAUUUUUCUCGUGAUCCAAGAUUGAAGGUUUCCCUUUUAGGCCAAUUAUCUCUAGAUUUAAUACUUGAAUACGCAACUCAGAUAAAAUGUGCUUAUCUCAACAUUCGUGCUAUUCCUGGAAUGAAAUUUGAAAAUCCUGAAAAUUAUCAGAAAAUAUUGGACAUCAUAAAAGUAGGAGCUAAGAAAUUUGAGUAUCAUGAGGUGACAGGCACGCAUCACGUACAUUUGAAUGAACCCGAAAAAAUUGCGCCUAUAAUCAAGAAUUUUUUACAAAUUUAAUAGUAAUGUUAUUUAAUUAUAUACGUAUUAAUGAAUUUAG